UAUAUGAGUGAUGCAGUUAUCAAAAAUUGGAAGUUAAUUUCAUACGAGAACAAACUUAAUCAAAAUGGUAAAACAAAUUAUGAUGGUAUUGCUUACGAUCUUAUUCAAAUUGAAGAUGAAUAGUGCGGGAUCUGUCAAUUAUGCGAUAAAUAAAGAUACGGGUGUAGCACAAGCUAUAGUUCCAGCAGUUAAACUUGAGCAGAAAGGAAAUACUUUAUAUUACUUUGCAUAUACAAUGGAGGGUAGUUGGUUCCAAGCAAUGGAAUUUUGCAAAGGACUUAAUAUGGAUUUAGUUAGUAUAGAAACGGAGGAAGAAAACAAUUUCCUUUUUGAUCAGAUGACAGAAUUCUUUGGUGACACAGACGAAUAUCGGUUUUGGACAUCAGGAACUACAUUGGCUUACAACAAAUUGGUAUGGAUGGGAACCGGCCGUCCAAUUGUGUAUGGUAAUUGGUAUCCAGGUGAACCUAAUAACUCAGGAAAUGACGAAAAAUGUAUCGAGAUUGCCUAUUCCAAGAAAGGUCUUCAAUGGAAUGACGUUAAUCAAAUUAGGAGACGGCAUGCUCUUUGUGAGGCCAAAAUUACGAAAUCAGUGACAGAUAUGGUUUCAAAGUUGUGUUCGACUAGUACAAGUGUUAAAAAUAAUAAUUGAAAUAAAUCAAUUGUUAAAUAAAAACAAUAUACCUAAUAAAUAAUAUUUAGCGCGUCGAGCCUGGUAGGCUCAUGGCUUGAUUAACCAUUCUCCUUCAUCCAUUCUUGCCCAAUACUUUUCCUCCAAUUUGUGAAGUUGAGUCUUUUUAGAUCCUCUUCUACAGAUUCUUAAGUUACUAUAGGCCUAAUAACCGUUCUAUAUAUUCCUAAUUUGACACCUCUUGAUAUGGAUUUAUUUUUUUAUAACCUAUUUAAUGCAAUAAACUACUUGUUCGCUUUUA